AUGUCCAGCUUCAUAACCAAUCUUUUCCCCUCCGCACAAGCUGGGAAACAUGAUAAUAUCUUGCCAGUUCCCCCACCACCUUUGCAUACUCGCUCUAGUCAAAAUGAAAGUUUUGGUGAUCGGCCCAGCACUCCUGUCAAUAGAAGCAACUUCAUAAAUCCAGUCUCAACACCCCAAGGAAGUCCAAGCAAGAACCGCAAUCCACCUGGAGCCAACGAAUUGCCUACAGCUUUCGAUUCUGCUAUGAAGCUUACUCCUGCCAAUUUGAGCAGUCCAACAAAGACUGGUCGCGUUCCGAUUGGCAACCCAUUAACUCCUGGAAAGGGAGCGAAUGCCAACGCAGUCGAUGAGUUCUUUGGCAAUUCGACCGGUGAUACUGAUGAGAGUAUCAUCCAAAAAUCAUCAAUCCCCUCAGGAAGCCCUGUACGACGACAAGGUAAAGAGAACAAUACCCCUCAAACCGCAAGACAGACAGAUUCUCCAUCGCUCAAUCCAGCAGCGAUCGCUCGCGAUUCUCCUUCCCUAAACCAAGCAGCGAUUUCACGUCAGGAGCUCUAUCAAACUCGAGAAAUUCCACCACCACCGACUAGAAAAUACAACACGCAACGUGGAUUGACUGCAGAGGAAUUGGAGAUUUUGCACAAGCCAAAUGUGAAACGCCUGGCCAAUGUGACUCAGCUUGUGAACUUCCUUGAUUACUAUUAUGACCUCUUGAGUUACGUCGGAUCGCGUCAAAAUCGACUCAAUCAUUUCAAGGCAGAAUAUCCCGCUCCCCCAGAAACUCCCGAAGAAGAAUAUAUUCCAGUUUGGUCAAAAUAUGCUGGUAGAGAGCGUGCCAAUUUGCGCAAACGUCGAGUUCGUCUACGCCAGGGCGAUUUCCAAAUUUUGACACAAGUUGGACAAGGUGGUUAUGGACAAGUCUUCCUUGCUCAGAAGAAGGAUACUAGGGAAGUCUGUGCCUUGAAGGUUAUGAGCAAGAAACUAUUGUUCAAGCUGGACGAGAUUAGACAUGUUCUCACAGAACGUGAUAUUUUGACCAAUGCCAAAAGCGAAUGGCUGGUUAGAUUGCUCUACUCAUUCCAGGAUGAGAAGAGUAUAUAUUUAGCUAUGGAAUAUGUCCCAGGUGGAGAUUUCCGAACUUUACUGAACAACACUGGUGUUCUUGCCAAUAGGCAUGCUCGAUUCUACAUUGCCGAAAUGUUUUGUUGCGUGGAUGCUUUGCAUCAGCUCGGUUACAUUCACAGAGAUCUGAAACCCGAAAAUUUCUUGAUUGAUUCGACGGGACAUGUCAAACUCACGGAUUUUGGACUUGCUGCAGGAUUCCUUGCUCCAGGCAAGAUUGAGUCCAUGCGAGUGAAGCUUGAAAAGGUCGGAGAGACAUAUGUUCCAUUUGGAAAGCCUAUCGAAGAGCGUACUGUUGCGGAACGCCGAGAAGGUUACAGAUCCUUGAGAAACAAAGACGUUAAUUAUGCCAAGUCGAUUGUUGGAUCACCUGAUUACAUGGCCCCUGAAGUGUUGAAAGGCGAUGAGUAUGACUUCACAGUGGAUUAUUGGAGCUUGGGGUGUAUGCACUUUGAGGCUUUGACAGGAUUUCCUCCAUUUGCUGGCGCUACCGUCGAUGAAACCUGGAAGAAUUUGAAGCAUUGGAGAGAAGUGUUGAAGAGACCAGUUUGGGAGGAUCCAAAUUACUUUAUUAGUAAUCGUACUUGGAACUUCAUCACCAGCUGCAUUACAUCUAAGGUCAAGCGUUUCUCCACUAUCUCAGAAGUCUAUGGACAUCAAUACUUUGCCGAGGUUGACUGGAAUACUCUUCGUUCGCAACGUGCUCCAUUCGUACCAGAGCUGGACUCUGAAACUGAUGCAGGCUACUUUGAUGAUUUCAGCAACGAAGCUGAUAUGGCUAAAUACAAAGAAGUCCAUGACAAGCAAACGGCUUUGGAGAAUAUGGCCGAUCGAGAAGAUGCUAUGAGCAAGAGUUUGUUCGUCGGAUUUACAUUCAGACAUCGUAAGCCAAACACAGACGAUGAUGGGAAGUCUAGCCCAAGAAAGGCCAUUCCAACCGAUGGCACUUUUGGCACUAUGCUAUAAGCACAUUAUGAUCUUGAUGAUUUUCGACAUUCAAUUUAUGACAUAGGGAGAUGAAAAUGGUGGGCUGGAAUGGAAAGGGGCAGGACUGGAAACACUGGAAGUGGCUAUUAUGGACGGAAGGAUGGGAUUGCGGAGUAGCGGUUAUAACAAGGCAUAUCUGCGGCGUUGAGAGUCAGCAUUGCUUGACUUUACACUGUAAAACUCUUCCUGGUGUCUCCGCGGUUCUCGCGGCAUUUGCUUAUCGCGCUCGUUUCUGGAGUUUUUUGUUUGUUACAUGAUAAUGCAUACAAGUGGGGGUUAAUUAUUGAUUGUUAGCAUGAACCUGACACAAUGCACACGCGAAUGCUGUAAUAAUACGUCGAAUAUAAUAUAUCUCAUAAAAGUUUCUCAUGUUUCAUUUUCGAGAGCAAGCACGCUCGACGGAAAGCGGGGUUGAUAUCGUCUUAUUCUUAUCAGACAAAAUAAAAAAUUGAGAGUACUCAUUUGGUUGC